CGCGUCAGUCGCGGAAGUGAUAUGCAGUCAUCAGACUGGGUGAAAACAACAACAUCAGAUCUAUCAACAUCAUCCAGAGGCUGAUUUGUUCCCCCGGUGUUCCUCCGGCGUAGGGUGAGCAGCAGCGGGCAGAGAUGUGGAUCCAUCCGGAGGAGGUGCUGCUGGCCGGAGCUCUGUGGGUGUCCGAGCGGGCCAACCCGUUCUUCGUCCUGCAGAGAAGGAGGGGGCACGGCCGCGGAGGGGGGCUCUCUGGUCUCCUGGUCGGGACUCUGGAUGUGGUUCUGGAUUCCAGUGCCAGAGUAGCUCCAUACAGAAUCCUACUGCAGACGGCGGACUCUCAGGUCUACUGGACCAUCGCCUGUGGCUCAUCCAGGAAGGAGAUCACAGAGCACUGGGAUUGGCUGGAGACCAACCUGCUGCAGACCAUCUCCAUCUUCGACAACGAUGAAGAUAUCACCACGUUUGUGAAAGGGAAAAUUUGUGGCAUCAUCGCGGAGGAGAAUCGACUGAAGGAGAGUGAAGAGCAGGAGGAGGACAGUGGGAAGUUUCGGGAGGCGGAACUGAAGAUGAGGAAGCUCUUCGGGAUGCCGGAAGAGGAGAAGCUGGUGAAUUACUAUUCCUGCAGCUACUGGAAGGGCCGAGUGCCGCGGCAGGGCUGGCUCUACCUGUCCGUCAACCACCUGUGCUUCUACUCCUUCCUGUUGGGAAAGGAGGUGACCCUGGUGGUGCCGUGGACCGAAGUGACGCAGCUCGAGAAGAAUGCCACCCUGGUUUUUCCGGAGAGUGUCCGUGUGAGCACCCGUCACACUGAACAUUUCUUCUCUAUGUUCCUCAACAUCAACGACACCUUCAAGCUGAUGGAGCAACUCGCCAACAUUGCCAUGCGCCAGCUGCUUGACAACGAAGCGUUUGCCGCCGACCGCUCGCUGCCUAAACCCUGCAAGACUCUGAAGAAUGUCUCUGCACUAAAGAGAGAUUUUGAUGCCAGGGCGAAGAAUGAGCGGUACCGGGCCAUGUUCCGGCUCACGCAGGACGAACGGCUGGAUGGACACACGGACUGCACACUGUGGACGCCGUUUGCUAAGAUGCAUGUGGUUGGACAGCUGUUCAUCUCCAACAACUACAUCUGCUUCAGCAGCAAAGAGGAGGAUCUCUGUCAGCUCAUCAUCCCACUCAGAGAGGUGUCCAUUGUGGAGAAGGCAGACAGCAGCAGUGUCCUUCCUUGUCCUGUCUCCAUCAGCAUGAAGAACAAGAUGAACUUCCUCUUUGCCAACCUUAAAGACAGAGAUUUUCUGGUCCAGCGGAUUUCAGACUUCCUGCAGCGCACACCGGACAGUUCAUGGGGUGACACCAAUCCUCUGUCCCUGAUUGGACAAUCGGUGUCUUCCAGCGUCCCCUUGUCCUCAUCUGCAGAGUCAGGUGGCAAUGGUCCCCACAAGGGGCGCCAUUACCACCACGGUCUGCCCACUGCCAGCCAGGGUCUGCUACAACUCUACCACCACGAUGCUCCAGAGAACCUGGGACCCAAAGCUAUGAAGGAGAAGAUGAAGGAGGAAGCAUGGAACAUCCAUUUUUCAGAGUUCGGUCGUGGUGUCUGCAUGUACCGGACCUCCAGAGCCAGAGAACUUGUCCUCAACGGGAUCCCAGAGCGUUUGAGAGGAGAGCUGUGGCUGCUGUUUUCUGGAGCACAAAAUGAAAUGGCGUCACAUCCUGGUUACUAUGGCGACUUGGUUGAACAGGCUAUGGGACUGUGUUCAUUGGCUACAGAGGAGAUUGAGCGUGACCUCCACCGUUCGAUGCCAGAACACAGAGCUUUCCAGAAUGAGAUGGGAAUCGCCGCCCUGCGCCGUGUCCUCACCGCCUACGCUCACCGCAAUCCAAGCAUCGGAUACUGUCAGGCCAUGAACAUCGUCACCUCUGUGCUGCUGCUCUACUGUACCGAGGAAGAGGCCUUCUGGCUUCUGGUGGCGCUGUGUGAGCGCAUGCUGCCAGACUACUACAACACCAGGGUCGUAGGAGCUCUGGUUGAUCAGGGGGUGUUUGAGGAGCUGACCCGGGCCUUCCUCCCCCUGCUAUAUGAACACAUGCAGGAGAUGGGAGUCAUCUCCACCAUCAGCCUUUCCUGGUUCCUCACCCUCUUCCUGUCCGUGAUGCCGUUCGACAGCGCUGUCCUUUUGGUCGACUGCUUCUUCUACGAAGGAAUCAAAGUUAUCUUCCAGGUGGCGUUGGCUGUUCUUCAUGACAACAUGGACGCCCUGCUGUCCUGCAAUGACGAGGGAGAGGCCAUGACCAUUUUGGGCAGGUACCUGGAUAACGUGGUGAAUAAACAGACUGUGGCUCCACCCAUCCCCCACCUGCACGCCCUGCUGACGUGUGGAGAUGAACCCCCACCUGAGAUGGAUGUCUUCGACCUCAUCAAGUCGUCCUAUGAGAGGUUUGGCAGCCUGCGCUCUGAUGUCAUCGAGCAGAUGCGAUUCAAGCAGAGGUUAAAGGUCAUCCAGUCUCUGGAGGACACAGCCAAGAGGAGUGUGGUGAGGGCGAUGAUGACGGAGUCGGCCUUCAGCAUCGAGGAGCUGGAGGAACUCUACUGUCUGUUUAAGUCCAAACACAUGACCAGCUGUUACUGGGGCUCCAGCAGCUCUGCAGCGGAGCGCCAUGACCCCAGUCUGCCGUACCUGGAGCAGUACCGCAUAGACCCGGUCCAGUUCGCCCAGCUCUUCUCUGCUCUCGCUCCCUGGGUCUGUGGAGGUCACACCCCCACACUGUCGGCCCGACUCUUCAGACUUCUGGACCAGAACCAGGAUGGGCUUGUCAACUUCAAAGAGUUCAUCACUGGACUCAGUGGGAUGUAUCAUGGAGACAUGACGGAGAAACUCAAACUGCUGUUCAAGCUCCACCUCUCACCAGCUUUGUGUCCUGAGGAGGCGGAGUCUGCUCUGGAGGCCGCACACUUCUUCACCGAGGACGAGCCACCAGAAACUUCCUUCCUGUCUGAUCUGGACACUUUGCGGCAGCAGGAAGUGACAUCAGGUGAGGAGGGAAAGGAUGGUGGAGGAGACGGUGAAGAAAAGAAAGAGGUGAAGGACUACAGGUAUUACCUGAGGAUGUGGGCCAAAGAGAAGGAGCCCAAAAAAGAGACGAUCAAAGACCUGCCUAGGAUGAAUCAGGAGCAGUUCAUCGAGUUGUGUAAAACUCUGUACAACAUGUUCAGCGAGGAGCCGUUGGAGCAGGAGCUCUAUCACUCCAUCGCCACCGUGGCCAGCCUACUGCUGCACAUCGGGGAAGUCGGCAAGAAGUUUGGAAACGGCAGCAAGAAGCCAGAGACCACGCCUCAAGCCCCGCCCACAGCCCUGGAGGAUGAGGGGGUGCCCGGCGAGGGAGCUUCAGGUGAGGCUCAGGUGUGCCAGGCUUUGGCCGAUGCCCAGCUGGAGUCGCCAGCUCCGCAAACAUCUGACGAGGAAACCAAAGAUGACACGUCGGUGUCGUCGUACUCGGUGGUGAGCUCCGGCUCGCUGCAGUGCGAGGACAUCGCUGAUGACACCGUGCUGAUCGGCACCCAGCAGAGGCGGGGCAGCGUGCUGGAUGUAGACUGGUCCAUCACCUUCGAGCAGGUACUGGCGUCGCUGCUCACUGAGCCUCCACUCGUCGACUACUUUGAGAGGAAAGGAGACAUUCAGGCCAAGAUGGCCGCCUGUAAGGCUCAGCGGGUCGUAGAGCGUCAAACAAGCUCCGCCUCUGACCUCGAACUCACCCAGCAUUCCGCCUAAAUCAGCUGACCACCUGACUCACCAGCAGGUUCCUCAGGUGAGACAGGCAAUUCACUGAUGUCAUCAUGUGAUUUGUGCUGCUGAUUGGCCCUUAACUGAUGACGUCAUCUCGGCAGUGACUCUGAUUGGCUGGUUGGUCCUGCAGAGGGAAGAAAGUCUUCGUCAGCGAUUGGCCGGUGACGUCGCUCCAGUUGGGUCAUUGAUCAGUCCCAAACAGGAAGUAGACGAGCAGGUGAACUCACCUGUUGGAUGUUUCUGUCUCUGUUUUCUAACUUUUAACUUCAAUUUUAUUGAUUUACAGAAUAAAAGUUCAGUGUUUUUUUUUUAUACUUUUGUUUUGAAGCCUUGUUUGUUUUUUCCUGUUUUUAAUGACGUCACACGUGUUUACUUCUUGUUAAAAGUGAUGUUACAGUGUUUCUGUCAGUUUAACCUGCCUGCUUUUAAAUCCAUCACAUUGAUCGGUUAUUGAUCUGUACGCUAAUAAAUACUGAAGGAAAUCA